ACGAAACCCUCACAAACAUAAACACAUUAAGUUACAAAACCACUCACAAGAAUGAUGAAGAAUCACAUUCUCCUUUUCUGUUUUGUUACUUUCUUAGCAACCUGUCAUGGUGAUGUUGCAAACCAUGAACAUGGUUCAGACUUCAACAUUUUCCCACUCCGAAUGAAAACUGGCCUAGGUGGAAAAUACAUUCCAGAAGUGUCAUGUGCUAGCUGGAGACUUGGUGUUGAAGCACACAACGUUAUUAACUUCAAAACUAUUCCACAAGAAUGUGAAGAAUAUGUUGGUAACUAUGUACUAGGUGACCAAUAUAGAGCUGACUCUAAAACUGUUAACCGUGAAGGUUUUUUCUAUCUUAAGACUCUUAAUCUUAAUGGAGAUGGAAAAGAUGUUUGGGUCUUUGACAUUGAUGAAACCACACUCUCUAAUCUUCCAUAUUAUGCCAAACAUGGAUUUGGGAUUGAACCAUUCAAUGAAACUUUGUUUAAUGAAUGGGUUGACCUUGGAGAAGCACCAGCACUACCAGAGUCACAGAAACUGUACAAGAAACUGUUGGCUCGUGGAGUGAAGAUUGUGUUCUUAACAGGAAGACCAUUGAGCCAAAAGGAUGUAACAGCCACAAACUUGAAACUUGCUGGCUACCACACUUAUGAAAAACUAAUCUUGAAGGAUUUAUCAAUAUAUAAGGGUAAGACAGCAGUUACAUACAAAUCAGCUGAGAGGAAGAAGCUUGAGGAAGAAGGUUACAGAAUCAUUGGAAACAGUGGUGAUCAAUGGAGUGAUAUUCUUGGAACCAACACUGGUGCUAGAACUUUCAAGCUCCCAGAUCCACUCUACUACAUUGCUUAAUUAAUUAAGCUUUAAAUAAUUAGCUACUGAUUAGUGGAUAAUGGUCUUUUGUUCUAUAUGAAAUGUUCUAUCAUGUAAUAUCCAUUUCAAGUUAGCUAGUUUCUAUUUUCUAUAAUAAAACAAACCAUAUAAUGUAAGGGAUAGUAUUCUCUUAAUUGUGUGGUUUUAAUUA